AGGUAGGAACUUGGUGAGAAGCCUUUUGGUGAAGAGAGUAAACAGUGAUUUUUCAUUGAACGCGUAAACGCAUGUUUAACGUGGAUAUAGACAACUCACUAUAGUCAACAGAUGCGUUUUUAGGAAACACCCGACCCUUAUAAUAUUCACUCAAGAAUUUAGAACACCUCAUCGUCGUUUUUUAAGCGCAAUCUAAUGUUUCAGUGUUUCUUUGUCGCCGAAGACUUCCUCCUGUUAGCUAGUCCGCGUUGAGUAUGUAGGCUAACGUUAACCUUAACAAGUGGAUGAUAUCUACCCGGUAUCCAGCCACACACAAGCAACAUCUUUACUGAGUGAAAUGUCUUGUCGUGAUUCGAACGUGAUUACUAGAUCAUCACUACAGUUAUUGAUACCCUCACUUGAUCAACACCGACAUUUUCCUGCACGUCUGACAGUGAAUAAGGUUCCUGUCACACGAUUCAUCCCCAGUGUUGGGAUGCCACUGCUGAAGCUACCACAUAGGGUAGAAGACUUGUAGUCACCAUGCCUCAACACAGGUCAGCUGCUUGUGAGGAAGAAUGGUGUAUGCCACUCACACUACCAUUACUCAUGCUGUGGAGGUCAACACAACCUUUGCCAGCCUGGUUGGUUUUGGGGCGCUGAACUCCACCCAACACCCCGAGGCUCACCAGGAAAUGGAGCGGGCCUCGGCUGAGAACAGUUCUGUGGGAUACAGGACAUUUUCAGAACCAGUGAGUCUAGCAUCACAGGACACUGAGCCAGGCCUCAGCCUCCCACUGCAGAUCUUCUUCUGCACCGUCAUCAUUGCAAUCCUGUUGGUGGCCUUCCUUGGUAAUGUGGUGGUGUGUCUGAUGGUCUAUCAGCGUGCUGCCAUGCGCUCUGCCAUCAACAUCUUGUUGGCUAGCCUAGCGUUUGCAGACAUGAUGCUGGCAGUCCUGAACAUGCCGUUUGCCUUGGUGACCGCUGUAACCACAAAUUGGAUCUUUGGGGACAUCUUCUGCAGGGUGUCAGCCAUGUUCUUUUGGCUCUUUGUCAUUGAAGGGGUGGCGAUCCUACUUAUAAUUAGCGUGGAUCGCUUCCUCAUCAUUGUACAGAAACAAGACAAGCUAAGUCCACGCAGAGCCAAGGUUCUCAUUGGAAUCUCAUGGGGCUUGUCGUUUUGCUUCUCCUUCCCUCUGGCUAUUGGGCAGCCAUCUCUACAGAUCCCCCCCAGAGCCCCACAGUGUGUGUUUGGCUACACCGGUGAACCUGGCUAUCAUGCCUACGUUGUGCUAAUUAUGCUAGUCUUCUUCUUUGUACCAUUCAUGGUCAUGCUGUACACCUUUAUGGGAAUCCUGAACACCAUCCGCCAUAACACUAUUCGCAUCCACAGUCAUCCUGACAGCAUCAGUCUGAGUCAGGCCAGUAAACUGGGCCUUAUGAGCCUGCAGAGGCCCUUCCAAAUGAACAUUGACAUGAGCUUUAAGACGCGUGCCUUCACCACCAUCCUCAUCCUCUUCUCCAUAUUCACUGUAUGCUGGGCCCCAUUCACCACGUACAGUCUAGUCUCGACCUUCAGCAGUGGCUUCUACCACAAGAACAGCUUCUUUGAGAUCAGCACCUGGCUCCUCUGGUUGUGCUACCUCAAGUCGGCUUUAAAUCCCCUUAUCUACUACUGGAGAAUCAAGAAGUUCCGCGACGCCUGCCUUGAUUUGAUGCCCAAGUACUUUAAGUUUCUCCCCCAGCUGCCUGGCCAUACUAAGAGGCGGAUCCGCCCGAGUGCCAUCUACGUGUGUGGAGAGCAUCGUUCUGUGGUAUAACAAUUGACUUGAAUCACAGCUGAAGUGAUCCUUUCCUUUUAAGACAUUUCUAACUAAUUGUAGUAAGCUGUGAUUGUUUUUUGCUUUCUAAGGAUGUGUCUUUGCUCUGUGGAAAUCAAGUUUACAAAGCCUGUAAAUUAAGUGCUUAAAUUGAUGGUUGAACAACCUGAAAAUCGUUUGUUGCCAUUGAUAUGUACUAGAAUGUUUUGUUUAGGGAACACCAGUCAGGAUGCUGCUAUAUCUGGUGAAAAUGUGCAAUUUCAGUGUACUGUACAAUUAUAUUGAAUGUAAUACAAUGUGGAUAUUUGUUACAUUGUUAGUAUUGUUUAAAGUGUCUUUAAGUUUCGUUAAGAUAAACCCAGUCUACUUUUCCAGACUGGUUAACUUGAUUGUUAUUGAGGCUGUGAACAUGAAUCACAAGUGAAGAGUGUAUACAAUGGAAAAGAGCAUUUCCAUAAGUAAUCUGCACGCUCCUUAAAUGUACUGUUUGUCAAACUAUAUUUUACAUAGUGUAUAUGAAUUCUUGCAUCUGUUACAGAAGACAGGUGUCACACAUCACAUGCAGUUAUGUCUGCUUGUGUAGACUAUUUUUGUAAAAUGAUAUUGUGAGAGGAAACUGUAGUUGAGGGAGUUUUUAUUUUCACAGUGGUAAGAUAAGUGGUGAUUACCUCUGAGGAUUUGCCUCCCUCCUCAGAGCAUUUGCACAGGAAGACAUUAUCUGUUGUGUAUUUGUGUCUUGUUUUUGACUCUUGAUGCCCCAAUUAAAUGGCAUAUAAACCAUUUAUUUCAGAUGCCAGAGUAGCAGCACCUGACUGGACUCUGCUGGUUUAACAGCGUUUUGUAUGUUCUACAUACCCUUGUUCCUUAUCAAUGUCUUUAUUUCUAAAGCCAGCCGAUUUUCACCUGUACAGAAUAAUGCUUCUUUAUGAUCUAUAAAUUGGAAGUUCACAUUAGAAAAUAUGAAACGCUCUGUUUGAAUGCUUGAAUGUUUAAUAGGUAAUUUCUGAAUUAAACUUUCUUUGGAAUUUAAA